UGUGAUUUUAAUUAAUAAGCUGCUGUAUAUCAGCCUUUGCUUUAAACAAAAAACAAAACCUUACUAUUUUCAUUAAUAUUUGGCAACAAAACAAAAGCUUGAUUUAUACCGCUAAAGAGUUAUUCAAACGAGGAUGUUGCUGACUCGAAUUUUGAAAAAGUAUACUUUGUCAGGCAGAUGUUACCAAUGUUUAAUUCAAACCCAUGGGGUAAAAACAAUGAGAGCAUGGCAAGCAUUUGAGUAUGGUGGCCCUGAAAAUUUUCAGUUAAAUACAAUGGCUGUAACACCAGCGAUAACUUCUCCCAUGGACAUUUUGGUAAAAGUGCAUGCUGCGAGUAUGAAUCCUUUAGAUGUUAGAAUGUUAGAAGGGUAUGGAGCAACUGCAUUCAACACAGUGAAGAAAAUUACCAAAUGCUCUCUUGCACCACCAGAGUUUCCUUUAACACCUGGACGUGACUUUUCUGGAACUGUAGUGUAUGUAGGAAAAAAAGUAAAAAGUUUAAAAUCUGGAGAUGAGGUCUGGGGUGCUCUAAGUCCUUGGGAAGCUGGUACUCAUGCUGAGUAUGUUUUAGCAAAUGCUUGUCAUGUAUCUAAAAAGCCAAAUUCUUUAACACAUGUUGAAGCUUCGUCAUUUCCGUAUGCUGCAUUAACUGCCUGGGCUGGAAUAAGUACAUUUGGAGGUCUUUCAGAAAAUUCAAGUUAUGGGAAAAAAGUUCUUGUGACUGGUGCAUCAGGUGGUGUUGGUACUUUUGCUGUACAGUUGCUGAAAGCUUGGGGUGCUGAUGUCACAGUAACGUGUUCUACAGAUGCAGUGGAAAUGCUACAAAAUCUUGGAGCUGACAAUAUUCUUGAUUAUCAGAGUGAAGACUUCAGAACUAAUUUAUUAGCAUUUAGAGAGUAA